UAUGCUCCCUGUGUGUAUGCUUGCCUGCAGAUGUGACAGUGUGAGCACAGGAAGACUGUAGACCGCCUCCUCCAUCAGCAAACAAUGAUCCAACUCUUCAUCAAUUUUAGGACUCUAAACUGUCUCGGAUUAAAUCAAGUCGUCAGUUCCUGAGAGCAGCGCCGAUAAGCCUCUUUCCUUUGCAGCAGAAGUGUUCACCAGAUAAACCACUAUCGCUGGAUCAGCCUGUUUUGGUUUGAGGCGGGUUUUCCACUCCGUGUUCAAACACCCGCUCACCUGCAGAAGCCGAGCCAUGCGCUCCCGGGCUGCCCUCCCCGGGUUUUCCUCCAUUCUAUUUCUCCUCUUCCUUCCCCCUGUUUUUUCCUCUUCCUCCCGCCCCCAGUGGGUUCUCCAGCGUGUCCCUGUGGUCCUCGCACAGCAGACGGAGGCUCGAUCAGCCCCUCACUUCCUGUCUCCGGCCCGCUUGGAUGUCAGCUCACCCUGUGACCCAGAGUGCCACAAGAAGGCGCUCCGCCCAAGCUACUGGGACCUGCGACGUCUUCUGGCCUAUGAGACACUCAACUCUGAUGGUCAGCUUACGGAAACAGCCGUCGCGAUCUAUGGCUACGACCCCCAAACCAGUCCAGCCUAUUCCUCAGGGUCUUCUGGGAAGGCUCAGCGGUCACAUGUCAGGAGGAAGCGACAGAUCUUUGGCCAUGAUGGGCGUUUUAGCAUUUCUGGACAGAACUACCUGCUGAAAUAUCCAUUCUCUGUGGCUGUCAAGCUGUCCACUGGGUGUUCUGGUACAUUGGUGGGCGACCGUCAUGUUCUCACAGCUGCUCAUUGUGUUCAUGAUGGUAAAAACUAUGUGAAAGGAGCCCAGAAGCUCCGGGUUGGGUUUCUAAAGACGAAGCAUCGAGACACACAGGCUUCUUCUUUUUACCUUCCCUCCAACUUCACCAACCAUGUUGAAGGUGGCCAUGUUCCCUACGCCCCACCAACAAAUGACAAAAUGAAGUUCCAGUGGAUCAGAGCGAAGCGCACACAUGUGCCUAAAGGAUGGAUUAAAGGGAAUGCCAAUGACAUAGGAAUGGACUAUGACUACGCUUUGCUUGAGCUCAAGAAACCCCACAAACGCCGCCACAUGAAGUUAGGAGUCAGCCCCCCUGCUCAGAGGCUGCCCGGUCGACGAGUCCACUUCUCAGGAUUUGACAAUGACCGUUCAGGCAAGCUUGUGUAUCGGUUCUGCCAGGCCGGCGAGGAGACAUCUGACCUGCUGUACCAGCACUGUGAUGCUCAGCCCGGGGCCAGCGGGUCAGGAGUCUACGCCCGGAUGUGGGAUGGGCGGCGCCGGCGCUGGGAGAGGAAGGUGAUAGGUGUGUUUUCUGGGCAUCAGUGGGUCGAGCGACAAGGGGCGUCUCAGGAAUUUAACGUAGCAGUGAGAGUCACACCUCUCAAAUACGCUCAGAUCUGCUACUGGAUAAAGGGAAACUUUGUGGACUGCCGAGAAGGGUAAGGGGUGUAGCAACAGAACCAUAGGCCACUACAUCCUCAUACAUCCUACUGGAUGAUUGGGGGCUGAAACAAACUGCACUGUUCAACCCAUUACUAGUAACACUAACAUAAAAUCUAAAUAAACAUCAACAUUUAGUUUGUUCCCCUAAUCUCAGACGGCAAUAUCAGUUAUAAAUACAGACACAAAUCCAAUAGUGAGACUCAACAUUGUAAACAGGACUGACUCAUUUCAUAAAUACUUAGUUUUGCAUCUUCUCUCAAAUAUGAAACAGUUCUACAUUUUUGCUAACAUGGACAAAUUCAGGUCAUGUGGUUUUGCAGAACAGAGGCACAUUCAUCCAUUUCCUGGAACAAUUUUCUUGUUGAUAAUUUUAUCUGGAAGACAUUCAGAUCGGGACCUUGCAUGGACCGAUAUAAAACAACAACAAGUCAUGAGAUUACAAGCAGCAGGACUGGGAAAACUAUUUCACUAUGUAUUCUAGCUUUUUAGUGUGCUUAUACUAAAGAUUGCACUGUUUAAACUCUUGAAGUUUCUCUACUGAAAAGUAUGAUUUUUGUGGAUGAAUGUACAAGUCAGCAACCAAAGGUGCCUGCAGUUUCUCUUUUAAAGAGUAUGUGUCUUCUCUCAGUGGACAAACUAGUUAUGUGCAUAGAGUGCUCUGUCAGGUACACAAACUGUGUUUUGGAGGAAUGAUUUUAAAUGACUGCAGAUUACGAUUUUGUUGAGCUUUGUACUUUAAUGCUUAACUCCCUCUGGUGGCAAACAUAAAACAUUGCAGACGUCCGACAUCAUGCAGACUUAGCCCAGGCCUACGUAAGCACUUUUGGCAUCCUCUAACAUUUGUGAAACUGCAUAUUUAAUGUCUUAGAAACUGAAGUUGAAUGAAAUAUAUGCUCUGAAAUAAGCAA